AUGGCAAAAACGGAACACACUUACGACGCACUUCGAGAUAAAAUAGUGUCCGAACAGUUCCUGAAACAAUGCCAUGAGAAGCUCGCGAACUUUUUAAAGGAAAGGGGCUGCCAGGGCCUCGAUAAGCUAGCGGAGGCUACAGACCACUACCUCGAGGCCCAAGGGUUGACCAACCUUGGAAAAAAUAAAGAAGAAAAAGAUUCUAGCAAGCCUUCGGGGUUAGCUAGAAUUCCCGCCCAUCGAGAUGAAAAGAGGAAGCCGCAGUGCUUCCUCUGUAACAAACUGGGCCAUCGGGCCGCAGACUGCUGGUCCAACUCAAAAGGACCUAAACAAAAUGCGAAUUUCUGCUGGAAUUGCCGCGAUAAUGGGCAUAAAGCCGAGGCUUGUCCUAACAAAAAGUCAGACGUUGGCGGUAAAGCGUCGUGCUCAGUGAUGCACUGCAAUCGUCCUGAGGACUUGGGCUCCGACGCCUGUCUGUCGAAGCAAUAUCCGGUGGGAACGGCAAGGACAAAGGGGUCCGAGGUUCAAGCAGAAGAUAUGCCGACGGCUACAGGACUGCUUGAGGGACAGCCUGUCACUGUUCUCGGGGAUUCCGGAUGUAACUCCGUAAUAGUAAAGCGGUCAUUAGUUCCUGAUGGCAAACUGACAGGAAAAAGCCGAAUGCUCUACCUGCUGGACCGCACAGUCAGGUGUCUACCAGAAGCGGAGGUGGACAUUGAUUCUCCUUAUUUCAGGGGCAGAGUGACUGCAACGUGCAUGGAAAAUCCGCUGUACGACGUCGUAUUAGGAAACGUUGUUGGCGUACGGGAUGUUUCUACUCCUGAUAUCAACUGGAAAGCAGAGCAGUAUGAUCCAACCCAGAAAGAAGAGCCUGCAUCAGAGACCUCAAAUGAGAGCCACAGUAGUCUGACGAGUCAACCAACUGGUAUAAAGACGCCCUCCUUCUUGGCUGCUAUGAAUCCGAAGGACAAGCAGCUUGAGGGUGCAGCUGGCCGGCUCCCUGUGGCAACGGUCAAUCCAGUGGACAUUCAUCCAGAGGAGCUGCGAACCAAGUUACCAUCGGCUAAGCAAAUGGAACAGCUCGUCGUCCCAAGCAACCUUCGAAGCUUCGUGCUGAAAAUGGCGCACGAGGGGAUUCUCUCUGGACACCAGGGAAUUAAGCGCACAACAUAUCGGGUGCUCGAGGAGUUUUACUGGCCGGGUGUGCAGGGAGAUGUCACUCGGUUCGUAAAGUCGUGUGACAUCUGCCAGCGAACUGUGCCAAAGCACUUAGUAGGCCGUGUGCCUCUCGGAAACAUGCCAGUCAUUGUUACACCUUUUCAGUGGGUAGCCAUCGAUAUUGUGGGCCCACUAGCACCAAUCUCAGAGAAGGGAAACCGCUAUGUCCUCACCAUGGUGGACUUCGCGACACGUUACCCUGACGCCAUUGCUCUGCCAAGCAUUGAGACCGAGAAGGUAGCCGAAGCUCUCCUCGAAAUGUUCUCACGCGUGGGGUUUCCGCGCGAAAUCAUUAGCGAUCGUGGCAGAUCGUUCCUGUCUGGACUCAUGAAGGAGUUCAGUCGUCUGCUCUCGUUCAGACAGCUGCCGACCACACCGUACCAUCCUAUGGCCAAUGGCCUUGUAGAACGCUUUAAUGGUACGUUGAAGCAAAUGAUACGCCGGAUGUGUCAGGAGUGCCCUAAAAGCUGGGACAGGUACUUAGCGCCUUUGUUAUUCGCGUAUCGCGAACUUCCACAGACUAGCCUCGGGUUUGCGCCCUUCGACUUACUGUGCGGCAGAUACGUCAGAGGACCCAUGGCCAUCUUGAAAGAGCUCUGGACAGGGGAACGUAUAGACGACGAGACGAAGACCUCAUAUGGCUACAUGAUUGACCUGCGCCAGCGGUUAGAGGAAACAUGCCGGAUGGCCCAAGAACAUCUCACGAAAGCGAAGGCCGUACAGAAGAGAUACUAUGACAAAAAGGCAAGAGUGCGCCAACUCUCUGUCGGAGACAAGGUUCUUCUACUCCUUCCCUCUGACGCUAACAAACUUAUCUUGACUUGGAAAGGUCCCUUUGCCGUCUUAGAAAGACGAAACGACGUCGACUACGUCAUCGACCUAGGGACCAGAACCAGCUUGUUCCACAUCAACAUGCUGAAGAAGUAUGAAGAAAGGCCACUAACCGAUCAGACACCCCAACGUGCGUCAGCCGCAUUCCAACACGAGGAAGUGGAGGAAGAGGAUGUACCUGUGCUGACGCUGCACCAAAAGGAAACUUACCGAGACGUGAAAGUUUCCGAGGAAUUAACUAGCGAUCAACGAACUCAGGUUGCUACCCUCUUGGCGGCACACCAGGGGAGUCUUUCAGAUGUUCCAGGAAAGACCGAUUUGGUGGAAUGCAAAUUGAAGCUUACAACAGACACCCCUGUUCAGGUGAACCAGUACCCGAUACCAUUCUCUUUACAAGAAGCUGUGGAAAGUGAAAUCCAGCAAAUGCUACAGAACAAGCUGUACAGGAAAGAGGACGUAAGGUUGCAUCGUUAUUCGAGUACUUCUGUCUUCUGUGACCUUCAGAAAGUUACAUAUAACGAUAAUAUCGAAAAACUAGUUGUAAAAAUAAAAACAAAAAUAAAGGUUCCCGCAAAAAGGUGCCAGAAAGGUCUAGACUGCACGUGA